AUGAGUCGGUCUAUCGCUCUUAGAGCUUCAAAACAAGUCCGCUCUGCUCGCUACUACAGCAUUGUACAUGACGUCCCCCGGAGCGCAGCCAGCUUAACCCAGAACUCUCCCCCACCACAACCUCAAUCCCAGUCUAUCUUCGAUCAGGCAGUCAACGCCACUGGUCCUCGCAAUGACUGGACGAAGGAGGAGAUCUCACAGAUUCACCAGCGGCCGUUGAUGGAGCUGGCGUUCGCUGCCGGAACUGUUCACCGACGUUUUCAUAAACCUUCGGCUGUCCAGCUAUGUACCCUUAUGAACAUCAAGACUGGCGGCUGCACCGAGGACUGCUCUUACUGCGCCCAAUCCUCUCGCUACAAGACCAAUCUCGAAGCUACCAAACUGUCCACUGUUGAGUCUGUGCUGGAAGCUGCAAAGAUUGCCAAAGCCAACGGAUCCAAUCGGUUCUGUAUGGGUGCUGCAUGGCGUGACAUGCGCGGUCGGAAACGAGGUCUCAAGAACAUUGUUGAAAUGGUCAAAGGGGUACGGUCCCUGGGUAUGGAAGCAUGUGUGACUCUUGGAAUGGUGGAUAAGGCACAGGCUCUGGAACUGAAAGAAGCCGGCCUGACCGCCUACAACCACAACCUGGACACGUCUCGCGAACACUACCCUAACAUUAUCACUACUCGAAGCUAUGACGAGCGGUUACAGACCCUCGAAAAUGUGCGGGAAGCAGGCAUUCAUGUCUGCAGUGGUGGAAUCCUUGGCCUGGGCGAGACACCCCAGACCGACCAUGUUGGCCUGAUCUACACCCUGGCCACUCUUCCAGGCCACCCCGAGUCUUUCCCCGUUAACAAACUAGUGCCCAUCAAGGGCACUCCGAUGUUUGGGCAAGAGCCGGUCAAACUGGAAGAUAUGGUCCGGGUGAUUGCGACCGCUCGACUGGUGAUGCCCAAGACCAUCAUCCGAAUCGCAGCAGGGAGAGUCAGUAUGCCCGAGAGCGAGCAGAUGCUUUGCUUUAUGGCAGGUGCCAAUGCCAUUUUCACGGGCGAGAAGAUGUUGACGACGGAGUGCAAUGGUUGGGACGAGGAUAAGGCCAUGUUUGAACGUUGGGGAUUGACGCCCAUGCAGACCGAGGCCAGUAAGAUUGUCGAGGAACCCAAGUUUGAGGCACGGAGUUUCGAUGAAAUGAAACACCAGAGUCACGCACCGGAACAAAGCUGUGCCGUAAACCAACAUCACGCAUAA